AAUUAACUACAAUACAUACGGUUAUGCAAAACUUUAUCUAGGCGGGGCAUUGUAUAAUGCUUAUAUAUUUCUUAAGGUCACAUUUCAAAUAGUUGUGGUGGUGUUAUUUGAAAAGUACACCUUCUAAGAUGCAGUACCUGAUAUUAUUUGCUGUAGUGGUUUCUCAAGUAUCUUCUUCGGUGAUUCCCGUGGGAGUAACAGUGGGAUUAACACCAUACGCUCAUCCAAUUCUCUCUCUUCACCACUCCCAAGACAACUAUGGACAAUACGUGUACGGUUACGCCACCCCCACGUCAACAAAGACAGAGACCAAAACCGCCGAUGGGGUGACGCAAGGCGGCUACUCCUACAUCGAUUCUAACGGGCACCUACAAACCGUUCAUUACGUAGCCGAUCCGGUCCACGGUUUUAGAGUUGCAGCCUCCAACCUCCCGCAAGAUCUUCCGGAUGUGGCAUACGCCAAGGCCAAACACUUGGCCGACUUCGCUGCGAUCUCUGCCGAACAUGCUUCCGCCAGAGUAGCCUACUCCAAUCCGGUAGCCGUGCCGGCUCAUGCAGUUCCGGCCAUCCCGGUACUUCCUCAACCAGUUCAAGACCUCCCGGAGGUGGCGAGAGCCCGAGCUGAACACUUGGCCGUCCUGAACUCGGCGUACGCCGCCCAUGCCGUCGGGGCGAAUGCGCCACAAGUAGUGCAAGACCUUCCCCAGGUUGCCAAAGCCAGAGCUGAACAUUUGGCUGCGGUCGAGAACAUCAAACAAAGAGACGCUCUCAUUCGUGCUCAAGCUAUUAGUUUGAGUCCAAUCCCCAAUAACUUCGACGGCGCUGUUAUUCCCGUACACACUGCUGCGGCACAAGUUGUGCAACCUGUAGCUCACGCAGCUCAAGUUUCUUAUACACCUGCUUUGUGGCAGACUCCAAUAUCUUCCCAACAUCAAGCUCAGGACAACUGGGGACAGUACUCCUACGGAUAUGUCAGCCCACAUAGCUCCAAAUCUGAGACAAGGACUGCUGAUGGAGUAACAAGGGGUGGGUACUCGUACAUCGAUGCCAAUGGAAUUCUGCAGACUGUGAGCUAUAUUGCUGAUGCUGUGCAUGGAUUUAGAGUCGCAGCAACUAAUCUGCCAGUUGACAAAAAUCUGUAUAAACAGGAACUGGUAUAUUAAAUAUGAUUAACUGAUUAACUAUUGUAUACGUAUUAUAAGUUAGUAUAUAAGUAUAUUAUAAUAUUAAAAUAAACUGUAAAUAAUACUUCAA